AUGGCUGGGCUCACACUCCACAGUAACAUCACCAACUCAACCCUUUGGGCUGGCACUCAGAGCCCAUGUGCAGACAACUUGCUGAGGAUUGUCCUGGUCUCAACCAUUCUUUGCACCUCACUGUUUGGGAACACAAUGGUACUGAUGGUGCUCCAGAGGAAACCCCAGUUGCUGCAUGUGGCAAACCGUUUUGUUUUCAACCUGCUACUGGCUGACUUGCUGCAAACAGUCACAGUGAUGCCCUUGGUGAUUAUGGGCAGUGUACCCGGGAUCCAGCCACUGAACAGAGGCCUCUGCAAGGUUUUGGUUGUCUUGAUGCAUCUCUUUGCAUUUGCUGGUGUUAAUACCAUAGUCGUGGUCUCCAUUGAUAGAUACUUGGCUAUCAUCCAUCCCUUGUCCUAUCCCACUCGAAUGACACCCAGGAGAGGCAAUAACCUGAUUGUUUUUACUUGGCUGCUUGGUACAGCACAGAGUACACCCCCUCUCUAUGGCUGGGGGCAGGUGGGCUAUGAUGGUCACAACUUUUGCAGCCUCAUCUGGCCAUCCAGUCCCUCCUACACCCUGCUGACCACACUCUUCACCUUCUGGCUGCCUGUCUCUAUCAUGCUGGGCUGCUACUGGAUGGUGUUGAGGGCAGCCCGAAGGCAGAAUGCUCUGGUUCACCCGGCCAAUCCCAACAUUCAACCAAGGGGUUCGGAUAUGACCAACACUUCCAUUUUUAGUCUAAGGCCCAGAGCUCGUCAUCGGAGCUUUCAUUGCCGCUGCAAAGCAGCUAGGGUGGUCUUUGUUAUCAUGUCCUCCUAUAUUCUCAGCAUGGGUCCUUACAGCAUCCUAAGCACCAUGACCAUCAGCAGCUCCACGCCCUCACCUCCCUGGCUCACCACUUUGGCUCUGAUCCUCUUCUACUGCCAGUGCUGCAUCCACCCUUACAUCUAUGGUUACAUGCACAGGAACAUCAGGAGGGAAUUUCUCAUCCUGCUCUGCGGCUCCUGCUGCAGGCAGCUGCAACCCAGGAACUCACAGCUGGAUGGUUAUUUCACCAUGACAGAUGGCAAGAUUUCCCACUCACGUUUUUCUACAGGUGUUUCUCGAAUCUGUCCCCUGAAAUCUUGGGAAGAAGCAGCCAUUUCUGCACUAACUCCCACAGACAUCUCCAGACCUCAGAGUCCCAAAGGUUAUCGCAGGGAGACACUAUCAACUAGUUGUAGUUCAGAAAAUGAACCCCACCUCCUCCCCAGCCAACCAUCUGACAAAGGAGUAAAGUAA